GUAGAUUUGUAUAAUACUCGAGAAUCCCACACAAGCAAUGUGGGAUGCCGACAACACAGGUUUCAGAGUGCCUGAUCAAAGACCAUUGCGUCCUCUGAUGUGAACCAAGAGGUAAACUCCUAAGGUGCACCAUGAAGGCUUCUUUCCUCCCUUUGCUCUUGACUGGGCUAGCAGGGUUGGCGUCAGCCGCCUCACUUGCUGACGCUCCUCAAUGCGCUAUAUCCUGCGCUCUUUCGGCUCUUCCCGAGUCGCCUUGCACCAUAUCGAAUCAGACAUGUCUUUGUGUCGAUCCGACUUUCAACAGGCUUGUUGGCGACUGCGUCAAGAAUGCGUGCACAAUCAAAGAAGCACUGGCUGUGACAAACUUGACGUGGUCAUCAUGCGGAUUCCCUUUGACUGAUCGGACGAGUACGGCACGAUACACGACCAUCUUCUUGUUCAUACUGCCCGUGGUUUUCAUGGCAAUCCGGCUGUCGGCUAGAUUUCUGCGUCUCGCACCCUGGGGAGCCGAGGAUACGGCGAUAUGCAUUGCUUUUGCAUUUUUAGUACCUUUUCCACCGAUCAUAUUCCUUAUGAUGCGAUACGGCCUGGGGCGAGAUAUCUGGACUCUGCAGCCGUACGAGAUUACAAUGUUUCUGAAACUUCUGUUCAUUCUCCAACUCUUUUACAUAUCAGGUCUAGCCGUCAUCAAAGCCUCGGUGAUAUACUUAUACAUACGAGUCUUCAACAUUCAAGGCUUCAGAACCGUCCUGUGGUGCACACAGAUUUUCAACUUCCUUCUCGGAGGAAGCUACAUCUUGCUCAGCCUCGUCCAAUGUCAACCAUUUCAACAUUAUUGGAACGGGUGGGAUGGCGAGCAAGAGGGCCACUGCGCAGAUCUUAACACAAUUGGCUUGACCCAUGUCGCUUUCAACAUCGCACUAGACGUUUGGAUGCUGAUCUUACCGGCGACGCAACUUUACAAGCUCAACAUGGAGCUCAAGAAGAAAAUUGGCGUGAUGGCCAUGUUCAGUAUAGGCAUAUUCCUGACUUCGGUGAGCAUCGUACGGAUCAAGAGUCUCCUGGUGUUUGCUACAAGCUUCAAUAUCACUGCCGACUGCCUCUGGGGUAUUAUUUGGUCAUACGUGGAGCUUUGCGUCGGGAUCUUUGUCGCCUGCAUGCCCGCCGCUCGACAGCUUGCUUGGAGAUUCUUUCCCAAACUUGUCAAUUACACCCGAAAUUCACUUACAGGAUCGAGUAAAUCAAAGCGCGAGGUUCAAAAUGAGGAACUCACACCGAUCGCACAGGGGAGGCAAUCUCCGAAGUCGGGUACUCUGUCAUCAACGAUCACGCAAUCGAACGCUGGGUCUGUCAUGGAUCCUAACACACCUCGGAGUGCAACGUUCGGUCUUCCAUAACUAGGGUACUACAUAAUUAUGUUUCAUGAAGGCAAGAAGUCGGAAUAAUCAGCGAGUCAGAAACUUGGAAUCCUUUAUUCAUUAAGAGUUGCUCUAUAUUACAUAUUAUUAGAUUGAUACCACUAGAGCGGCCUUCUCCGAAACUCUAAUUGAAGCAUAUUCAUGUCAACUUCCUUGAUUGGUCGCCAUGACUUUUUCGAAACAGCUGAUGAUAUCGUAGACAGUAAAGUCA